AUGGCCUCUGGAUCACUCGCCGCUUCCUUGCUAUGUUCACUACCCUCUCCCCCCACUUCCCUCUCCCCCCACUAUCCUCUCCCCCCACUACCCUCUCCCCCCACUACCCUCUCCCCCCACUACCCUCUCCCCCCACUACCCUCUCCCCCCACUACUCUCUCCCCCCACUUCCCUCUCCCCCCACUACCCUCUCCACCCACUACCCUCUCCCCCCCACUACCCUCUCCCCCCACUACCCUCUCCCCCCACUACCCUCCUCCCCCCACUACCCUCUCCCCCCACUACCCUCUCCCCCCACUACCCUCUCCCCCCACUACCCUCUCCCCCCACUACCCUCUCCCCCCACUACCCUCUCCCCCCACUAACCCUCUCCCCCCACUACCCUCUCCCCCCACUACCCUCUCCCCCCACUACCCUCUCCCCCCCACUACCCUCUCCCCCCACUACCCUCUCCCCCCACAUUCCCUCUCCCCCCACUACCCUCUCCCCCCACUACCCUCUCCCCCCACUACCCUCUCCCCCCACUACCCUCUCCCCCCACUACCCUCUCCCCCCACUACCUCUCCCCCCACUACCUCUCCCCCCACUACCCUCUCCCCCCACUACCCUCCUCCCCCCCACUACCCUCUCCCCCCACUACCCUCUCCCCCCACUACCCUCUCCCCCCACUACCCUCUCCCCCCCACUACCCUCUCCCCCCACUACCCUCUCCCCCCCACUACCCUCUCCCCCCACUACCCUCUCCCCCCACUACCCUCUCCCCCCACUACCCUCUCCCCCACUACCCUCUCCCCCACUACCCUCUCCCCCCACUACCCUCUCCCCCCACUACCCUCUCCCCCCACUACCCUCUCCCCCCACUACCCUCUCCCCCCACUACCCUCUCCCCCCACUACCCUCUCCCCCCACUACCCUCUCCCCCCACUACCCUCUCCCCCCACUACCCUCUCCCCCCACUACCCUCUCCCCCACUACCCUCUCCCCCCACUACCCUCUCCCCCCACUACCCUCUCCCCCCACUACCCUCCCCACUACCCUCUCCCCCCACUACCCUCUCCCCCCACUACCCUCUCCCCCACUACCUCUCCCCCACUACCCUCUCCCCCCACUACCCUCUCCCCCCACUACCCUCUCCCCCCACUACCCUCUCCCCCCACUACCCUCUCCCCCCACUACCCUCUCCCCCCACUACCCUCUCCCCCCACUACCCUCUCCCCCCACUACCCUCUCCCCCCACUACCCUCUCCCCCCACUACCCUCUCCCCCCACUACCCUCUCCCCCACUACCCUCUCCCCCCACUACCCUCUCCCCCCACUACCCUCUCCCCCCACUACCCCUCUCCCCCACUACCCUCUCCCCCCACUACCCUCUCCCCCCACUACCCUCUCCCCCCACUACCCUCUCCCCCACUACCCUCUCCCCCACUACCCUCUCCCCCCACUACCCUCUCCCCCCACUACCCUCUCCCCCACUACCCUCUCCCCCCACUACCCUCUCCCCCACUACCCUCUCCCCCCACUACCCCUCUCCCCCCACUACCCUCUCCCCCCCACUACCCUCUCCCCCCACUACCCUCUCCCCCCACUACCCUCUCCCCCCACUACCCUCUCCCCCACUACCCUCUCCCCCCACUACCCUCUCCCCCCACUACCCUCUCUCCCCCACUACCCUCUCCCCCCACUACCCUCUCCCCCCACUACCCUCUCCCCCCACUACCCUCUCCCCCCACUACCCUCUCCCCCCACUACCCUCUCCCCCCACUACCCUCUCCCCCACUACCCUCUCCCCCCACUACCCUCUCCCCCACUACCCUCUCCCCCCACUACCCUCUCCCCCCACUACCCUCUCCCCCCACUACCCUCUCCCCCCCCACUACCCUCUCCCCCCACUACCCUCUCCCCCCACUUCCCUCUCCCCCAACUUCCCUCUCCAUCCCAUGUCCCCGACUCCUCCCGUGUCUCUGCCGCACCUCGCCGAAUUGA